AUGUUCUUGAUCGCACUCCUUUUCUGGGCCCGACUUUACACACUGUCAUUCACAUACUGCCUACCAAAGCCCUUCGACUCGCCGAAAUGGAUUCUCUUCUCGGCUCUUACAGUCUUCGAGGUCGUGUCUGCGAUUUGCGGUGCAGCGGCCAGCUCAUCAAUGUUCAUCGUUGGUCGCGCUAUCGCUGGGCUUGACAGCGCAGGCAUGAUGAACGGUACGAUCGUUGUCAUGCGCGCGGUCGUUCCGCGCAAGAAUAACCCUCUACUCCAGAGGCUUAUUGGCGCUGUCUUUGGGGUUGUGGAUGUGUGCUUCUACAUUGAUCUCCCUCUUCGUACCGUUGUCGCGGCAAUUCUACUCAUGGUCCUUCAUCUGCCCGAGAGGGAGCUUGAUCAGGCCGCGACAGUCGAAAAUAAGUCCAUACCUGGGAUUCUUUCGAGCCUGGAUCCCAUCAGCCUUGCAACUGGCUUUCUGGUUACGCAGAUCCUGCGCCUCAAGACUGCGACCUCACCUAUGCGUAUCCUUACGCAACGUAGCAUCGCACUAUCUUUCCUCUACACCUUCUCGAGCCAAGCUACCAUGCCAGUCGGCACACACUACAUCCCGCUCUUUUUUCAGGCCGUCAAGUCAUGUUCCCCUCUCGCUUCUGGACUCGCUACACUGCCGUUCCUGUUGUCUCUCGUUAUCGGCUCAAUCAUUAGCGGUGGGCUCGUUCAACUUAUUGGAUAUCCAGUACCAUUUAUGAUUGCUUCCGCCAUCCUCGGCAGCAUCAGUGCAGGCUUGAUCUCUACUUGGCACGUCAACAUCCACAAGUCAAUGUUUUCAGGGUUCCAGGUGCUCUUCGGCUUUGGCACUGGCAUAGGCACACAGCAGCUCAGCAUGAUGGCGCAAAUCGUGUUGCCGAAAGCGGAUCAGCCUACUGGCGUGGCGCUGAUGUUCUUCAGGAAGAACUUGGGCGGAAUAACCUUUGUCGGCGUUACUCAGAAUGUCUUCGCAAAUGAUUUGGCCAGCAAGCUAAGCAGCAUCCCUGGACUGAGGCUGGACAAGGUGGUGAUUGUGCAGAUGGGCGCAACAAGCAUCAAAGACAUGGUGGCGCAGCAGUAUUUGGCGCAGUUGAUCGGUACUUGGCUUGUUACUUUGAGCAUGGUUGGUGCUACGUUGGUGGAGUGGAGAAGUACAAUAGGGAAUUCUACCGAGGAUACGUAG